AUGGAUCCAUUGAUUGAUGAAACACAAGGGGCCGUGUUUAACCCCAUUACUAUAGGACUGCAAUUCCUAGCAAACUAUGGGUGGUACUUAGUAGGGGCUGCAGUAGCAUCUGUAUAUUUAUUACAGAAGCUUAAACCGAAAGUGGAUACUUGGAAGCAAGCAAGAGAAGACGCCGAGUACCAUAAAGAUCCGGAUAAGGCAUUAUCUCGUAUGGAGGCAAUACAACGCGCGCGGGAAAAGCAACAAGCUAUGCUCGAAGCGGCUUCUCUAAGGGCUUUAGAACAGCAAAAAGAGCGUGAAGAGAAAAAACGUCGAGAAGCCUUAGAAAGGCUGGAGAAAUAUGGGAAUGCAGCCAAAGGAGAGCGUUUAGGAUCUGAUGAAGAUUAUCUACCACUUAGCGGUGGUGCGUCGACAUCUUCAUACAAACCUCCUAAACGCUCUGCUUGUGCCCGCGGCGGAUGUGGACGA